AUGUCGAAUAUUGCGGAAAAGCUCGGUGACGAUAAGGGCCUUGCUGAACAUCUUAAACUGCCUAUACAGAGGAUCAACGACUACCAACUUCUACUGAAGGAGCUCGUAAAAUACUCGAAACGCCUCGGGGAGGACUGCACCGACCUACAAAACGCCUUAGAACUCUUCCUCGGCGUGCCCAACCGCGCCACCGACAUCAAGUUCAUAUCGAGCAUCGAGGGGUACAGAGGGAACAUCUACAAGCUUGGUCGCCUUCUCACCCACGACUGGUUCACAGUCAGCGUCGAAGGCAAGUCCCGGGAGAGAUACCUCUUUCUGUUCAAGGCGAGGGUCUUGAUCUGCAAAGUAAAGAGGAUAGAAGAGGACCGAUCGGUGUUUGUACUCAAGCACAUCAUUAAGCUCCCGGACACCGAGGUAAACGACGAUCCAAGCGACAAGCUUAAAUUCGAACUUCAUCAGAAGUCGCCACCGCUCAUCUUUACUCUCGCCGCGCACAAGGAGUCAGUCAAGAACAACUGGCUGAGAGAGAUAAGGCAACACUCAAGUGACGUCGUUGCAUUAGCUGAGCACGCUGCUGACGAUCUUCAAAUAUUAUCAGCGGAACAGACAUCAAUAGAUCACCAGUCCCCGGAACCAGAAGACAAGAAAAAGAAAAGGGAAGAUACAGAGAAAGAUAGGGAAAAAGAAAAAAGUUCACGAACAGAAGAUAUCGAAGUUACUGAAGUAUUGACUAGACAAGAAUCUCUUGAAGUAUUGCAAACUAAAAGGAAGGCAUCUAUAGAAAGUUCCCAAGUUGCAAAAAUAGCUAAAUCAUCAAUCGAAGAAGCUCAUGAAAUACUAAAUUUAGAAAAAGGCGCUGUCAGCAAUACUGAAAUCAUAGCCGAUAUUGAAGUAAAAUCGUCCGUGACUGUACAUGAAAGUGAAGUUUGUGAAGUUCAUUCAGAAUCAAUUUCUCAACCAUCAGCUCUUACUUUAAAAUCAUUAGAGAAGGAUAAAACUUCUGAAGCUCAUUCCAGUCUAGUCGAUCAAAGUCCAACUAUUAAUGCUCUAACUGAAGAGCCUAAUAUAAAAAUAUCUGCGUCUGAAACUAUUUUAGAGAAGAGCAAUUUUGAAUCUGAACUUAAGAAAACAGAAAAGGAGGGAGAUAUAAACUCUUCGUUUUUGAGAGCAGAAUUAGAAAUUCAAAACGAAGAGACGUAUAUCGUUCCGCCGCAAGUUGUGCAAUCAGAAAAUCCUAGAGCAGGACUUUUUGUGCAAGAGGAAUCAUCCUCAGUUUUAUUGUCAAAACAGACAACUGUUACUUUACAAAGUUCGUUAGGAGAACAAUCGUCACAGACAUCUUACCAAGAGACAACUGAAAAAAAUUCAGAAACCAAUCUAAAUUCAGAUAAUAAUAAUCAAUCAAAUCUUAAAGUAUCUUCGGAAUCAGAGCAGCAAUCACAGUCAUCUGUGGAAACGAAUAUAGUCCAAUCUUGUGCAUCAACAUCCUUAGAAAAAAGUGACUUAAAAACUAAAGAGACACAAAAUACAACAAAAUCUUUAUCACGAAAAUCUUCGCGGCAGGCUUCUACAGUUGAAAAAGCAGCAACAGAGCAAUCUCAAAUCAUAAAAGAUACUUCAUUACAUCAACAGGAAAAAAGGGUUGACCAAAUAUCUACGCAACAAGAGACUGAUCUUAGUUCGUUUGUCGACGAAACUCGCAAAGCGCAAGACACGUCUGAAAGUGUAAAACCACAAACGUCUCCAACAGGAUUUGCCGAUUCUGAAAUUUCUGUUACUCAAAAACUUGUGUCAUCACUAGAUUUAACUGAAAAAGUUAAUAUUACAACUGAGAAGUCAUUUGAAGACAAUAAGGAAGAAAUAGAAGAGGAAAGAACAUCCACCAAACAGGAAAAAGAAGCGUCAGAACAAACGCUUAAUGAAACUGUUCCAAAGACAGUUAAUCAGUCAAAUGAUCAAGAUUUGUUAACUGCUUUUGAUAAUAAAUACAGUAAAAACAGUGAAUUAGUUCAAACAAACACAGCUGGUGCAGAUUCCAUUCCGAACGUUUAUUCAAGUAGUCAAACUGUUACCACAGAGGAAAACGUAGAAGACGAGAUGUCGUCGAGAUAUAAUAGUCGUAGUUCAAGACUAGCUGGAGAAUACUCCAGCAGCACCCGAAAAAUGUCUAGUGGUGGCCGUUAUGAAUCUUCUACGGGCACAAGUCUUUCCACUUAUUCUCGACGUGAAAGUGGCUCUAGAAUAGAGAGUGGAAAAUAUGAAACAAGCGGCUCAAUUGAGGGAAUCAGUACCUCUAAAUACGAGUCCAAAUAUUCAAGUGCCAGCGCAAGUGUUGAGGGUGGGAGGACAUACGGAACCGAUUCUAGCUAUGAAAGUAAAUUAGAGGGCGGUUCGAAGUAUGCGCUCGAGUCGAAUUAUGAAGCUUCAAGUAAAAUCGAUAGUAUUGCCUCUAAGUACGGCAUUGAAGCCAAUGGAAAAACUGAGGGCCGCUCUUCAAAAUACAGUAUUACGAGCAGCUAUGAUGGAAGCAAAAUCGAAGGUGGAGAUAAAAUGGAAUCUUCUCUCGAGUCUACGAGUAAAAUUGACAGCAUCGCUUCUAAAUAUGGACGCGAUAUCAACGGUUCCAAAAUUGAAGGUCGCACUACAAGGUUCAGCAUCGACGCAAGCUACGAUGGCGAAAGGAUUGAGAGUGCGACAAGAAAUGAAUCUUCUUACGAUAAAACUAAGAAUGGAGAGUCUAUUUACGAGAGAAAAUACUCAAAGACAGCGUUGCCUAAUGGCUCUGUGACCGGAGAAUAUGAAUCAUCAAAGUCCAUAACAAAAUCUGAAAUGAUCGAUGGAAAACCAAUCUUUUCAAAGACCCUCGAAGGGCAGAACAUUGAGCCGGGUGAGAACGCGUUGUUCGAAUGCUCACUGCUUGAUUACGAGGGCGUGAAGGUGACGUGGCUGAAAGACAACAAGCCUCUGACCGAUCGCUUGAUGGACCGAUGCUCCAUCACUUCAAUCGACGGCAAAUAUAAACUGCUGCUGAUGCACUGUAGAGAAGACGACGCCGGCACCUACACCGCUAUAGCUGAGAACGUGAAAGGCAACACCCAUUGCACAGCUCAGUUAGCUGUUCAAGAGCUAACACCUGAAGAGCGCAGAGAGAGAAAUGCCCUUAACGCACCGUACUUUUUGGUGGCACUGAAAGAUACCGAGAUCUUGGAGAACACCUACCUACGUUUCAUGGUCAAGGUCAAGGGUGAUCCCAACCCGACUGUUAAAUUCUACCGUGACGGGAAGGAGAUCGUCACCAGCUCCGAGGCCGAGCGGGUGUCCAUCGUCCGCGCCCGGGCGGACCGCGGCUGCUACGAGCUGGUCAUCGCCGACGUGAGCCCGGGCGACGCCGGCACCUACAGCUGCCGCGCCAUGAACAUCUACGGGGACGUGGAGUCCGUGGCGAGGGUCACCGUCGUCGAUGACAAGAAUAUUUUCGGCGAACUCCUUCCGGGCGGAGAAGGGCUCCUGGCUAAAGGUGAAAAAGCAACGUUCACUUGGAAAAGAGAUGGCCAGCCCUUCGACCCAGAAGAGAGGUUUAAGGUGCUGCUUGGAGACGAUGAGGACUCGUUGGCUCUUGUGUUCCAACACGUCAAACCGGAAGACGCCGGCCUCUACACUUGCGUUGCCAAGACCAGCACCGGCAACAUUUCCUGCUCUGCCGAACUUACUGUGCAGGGCGCAGUCCACGAACUACACCGCGAGCCUGAGAAGCCAACCCUAGUGAUUGAGCACCGUCAAGCCAUAGUAUCGGCUGGCGGGUCUGCCAUGUUGGAGCUGCAAUGCAAGGGCUACCCCAAGCCCAGCGUUGUGUUCAAGCACGACGGACAGGUCAUCGAACCCGACACGCGCCACAAGUUCUUGUAUGAGGACGAGGAGUCAAUGUCCCUGGUGAUAAAGAACGUGACUGCCGCCGACGCGGGAGACUACGAGGUGACUGCUAGCAACGAGCUCGGCGAGGACACCACCGUGAUGCAACUCCUCGUCAAGGACGCCCCUAAGAUCAAGAAGAAGAUCGAGAAUCAGUCCUGUAUGGUGGGCGACACGCACACCGUGACGAUAGAAGUGGAAGGCACCCCCACCCCAGAGCUCUCCUUCUACAAGGACGGCGCCGAAAUCAAGGCCUCCGAGCGCAUCAUCAUCGUCAAGGAGUCCGACGAGAUAUACAGGAUCACCAUUAAGGACGCCAAGCUAACCGACACUGGAUCCUACUCCGUCGUAGCUAAGAACGAAGUGAACCAGUGCUCGGACUUCUGGCAGUGGCACGUGUCGUCGGCGCCGAAGAUCGUGAAGAAACUGGGUGGAUCCAAGGUCUGCGAGGAGAAGGAGACCGUCACCUUCAAGGUCGAGACGGAGUCGGACCCAGCGCCAUCUGUUAAGUGGUUCAAGAACAAGACGGAACUGUCUGAAUCUUCAACGGUGAAGAUCUCAUCAUCUGGGGAAGCCCAUUCGCUGGUCAUCACGUCGGCAGCCCGCGCCGACGCAGGAGAAUAUUCUUGCGAGAUCCGCAACGUGCACGGAUCGGCGAGCGACUCGUGCCUGUUGAACGUCCGCUGCGCGCCGCAGUUCAAGCGCCGCCUGAAUGACGUCACGGCCAGCGAGGGUGACGUCAACGUCGAGUUCACGAUCGACGUGGAGGCCUACCCUGAGCCCAAAGUGCAGUGGUACUUUGGGGACGUGGAAAUCACGGAAAAGAAAUCGGUUUACUCCCGGGUUGACAACGGCAGCACUCACAAGCUCAUCGUAAAAGAGGUCACCGCCGAGCUCUCGGGCCAGUACAGCUGCAAGGUCUCCAACGAGCUGGGCGAGGAUUCCUGCCAAGCCACCUUCACUGUCAAUAGGAAACCUAGAAUCACGAAGAGCUUGGUGGACAUGACCGUGGACGCCGGACAGACUUUGAAACUGGAGGUCGAGGUGGAAGGGUGCCCUGAACCCAAGGUCAAGUGGUACAAGGACGGCAAAGAGGUCACCACUGACGCCAGGAUCAAAAUAGAGAGGGACACUAAAAGAUUAGAGAACUACAAUUUAACGGUGACGCUAGUAAAAGAAGAAGAUGGCGGCGAAUAUGAAGUUAGGGCUGAAAAUGAAAUGGGUAGCGUCAGCUCCAAGAGCACCGUCACAGUACACACUAAAGAAGUUCAUUCGAGAUUCAAAAAAGAAACAGUCGUUGAAAAUGAACUCGAAGAGGAGAGCAAAUCGAAAAAACAAGAAGUGAAAGAUGCGUCCCACGAUGGCGUUAAAAAAAGAGCAUCUAAAAUAAAAGCAGAGAUGGCUGAGGAAAAAUUAACAGAAGAAUCGGGAAAAGAACUUCAGUUACAAGAACUUGAUGACACAACUCCAAGGAAAGCUAAGAAGUCAUUAACAGAGCCCGAAACCAUAGAAGAAAAAUCAUUUUGGGAUGACAUCAACGAUGAUAAUAAAAUUCAAAAAACUAAGGUUGACGAUAUCUCACAAAUUCCGAAUAAAUCUAAAAAGUCAAUUUCAGAGCCGGAUUCGUAUGAAGAAAAAUCUCUUUGUCAUGAUAAUCAAUUGGAACAAAAUAAAAAAGGUCAAGUUGAAGAGAUAAGAAAUGAACCGAUUAAAGGUAGAAAAUCUAUUUCGGAGCCAGAGACAGCCGAAGAAAACUCCAUUUGGGAAAAUGAUAAUUUCGAAAAAGCUAAAACGGCCCAAGUGGGAGAUCUAAAACCAGAACCAGAGAAGCCCCGAAAAUCAUUUUCGGAACCGGAAACGGCUGAAAACAAAUCAUUUUGGGACGAAAUUGAAGAUGAACAAAUUAAAAAGCCACAAGUAGAAGAUGUCAAAGAUGUACCCAGGAAAUCUAGAAAAUCAUUUUCUCGGCCAGAUGAUGCUGAAGAAAAAAGUAUUUGGGAUGAAAACGAAAAUGAACGGAACCAAAAAAGCGAGGUUAAUAACCUGAAAAAAGAUGCAAUGAAAUCAAGAAAAUCAUUCACAGAGCCCGAUUCUAUAGAAGAAAAAACUGUAGGGGAUGACAAUAGAGACGAAAACAUUCAAAAACCUAUUUUAGAGAGUUUAGAUAACAAACAAGAAAAAGGCACAAAAGGUGUAACUGAACCAGAAACUAUAACGGAAGUUAAAAUAGAAGAAGACCUGAAGCCUUCAAAACGUAAAUCUAUUAAAAAGCAAUCUCUUAAAGAAGAACCAUUAAGUGCUGAGACAGAAGGCCGAGUGUUCGAAACCAUAACCACGUUCAAGACAGGCGACGACGGGUCUAUUAUUAUGUCUAAGGUCAGCAGCACUUGCUCUCAUGGCGCCAUUAUUACAGGUCCAGCCGAAACACAUACUUUGCAUAAAAUUAAAUCCAAAUAUUACGAAGACGAUGAUGAAUGUAACAGAAAAAUUAUAAAACCGAACAGGCCGCACACUACUUCGUUAGAAGUGGAAGAAAUUGAAAGCCACAGCUACUUCUUAUCUGAGCUAGGCUAUUAUACCGUGCCAGAUCACGUGCGAAGGGGCACUUACGGUAUCAUAGAAGAACCACAGACCGAUUCUGACGCUGAUAGCUUGAGAUUCGGUAGACACAUUGCAAACAGAACCAUGUCUAUUCAUUCAGUAUCGGAAGAUGAAAAUAGCUGGCAUAAUGAGUCACUAUCGAGAGAAAUAUCAAUAGAAGACCUAUCUAAAUCAAUAUUUGAGAUCGAUGAAACUCGCAAAGUAUUCAGCAAAGAUUCAUAUGUGCGUCAGUCUUCCUUCAAAGAGGACUACUUAACCGAAGAUGGGAAUGAGGAAUCGAUUAUAUUGAAAGAAAAACGUCAAAAAAUAUUCGAAAACGACAUCACGGAAAAGCUUAUACAUAUUUCCAAAGAAUUCGACGAAAACGAACGUAAAGCUGAUGGUAGUAAUAUUGACGAAGUUAAAAAUCGAAUAAUUGAGGAGUUGGUUAUUGGUAGUGCGGCUAACCCCGGCAGCGUCACAAAAGACGUUGCUGAGAAGACGGUGGAGAGAAAGAAGAAACAUGGUGAGAAACUGGUCUGUGUUGAAGAGGAGGAGGACGGUGAGAUGGAAGCGCUGCUAAGACGAAGUCAAAGACAGAGAAGCAUAUUAGACGAUAUAUUAAAUCAAGAAGAUAUGAAAGCACCGCCUAAACUUAAAGAGAGCAGUAUGAAAGACAGCAGCGUUUUCGAAUCCCUACCGUUGGUGUUUACCGUCCAAGCCAGCGGUGCACCCAAGCCUGUUGUGCGCUGGCUUCACGACGGCAAAGAGGUUAAGCCAGAUUCCAGAGUGCGCGUCAUUAACGAGGGUGAUUUGUAUAAGCUAGAGGUGAUUAAGGCGGAACUCGGAGACGCCGGUAAAUGGCAAUGUGAGAUCAGUAACGACCUCGGAAAGGACGUCCUGCAAGCGGAGGUCUCCGUUAAACCCGAGAGCGAGCUCAGGAAGCCGAUCUUCAAGUGCCCGCUGGAAGCGCAGCGCGUGAUGCAGCGGCAGCCGGUGACCAUGAGGGCGGUGUGCACCGCCGACCCCCUGCCCCACGUGGCGUGGCUCCUCAACGGCACGGAGCUCACGCCCGACGCGACGCUCGUCACCAAGGAGGAGAGCAAGGAGAUCGAGCACGGGCUCAAGGAAUGCACCUACACCCUGCACAUACCCACCGGUCGUCAUUCCGAUACCGGGGUGUACACGAUCCAAGCGAAGAACAAAUACGGAGUGGGCGAGAGCUCAGCUCGCUUAGACAUUCUCCUGCGGCCCGAGAUCGAGGGCUUGAAGGACGUCACUGCAAUGCCUUACGAGGAGACCACGUUCAUUACUAAGAUCCAGGCCAACCCCAUAGCUGAAGUGCAAUGGAGCAAAGACGGCAUCGUGAUAAAGCCAUCGUCGCGGUUCGACAUAGAAGAGGACAAGGCUACGGAGACCCACAAACUGGUGGUGAAGAAGGUGACCAUCGAAGACGCCGGAGUGUAUGCAGUGACGGCGAAGAACGAGAUUGGUGAAGCCUCGCAACAGGCUAAGCUUACCGUGCACACCGACAAGCCGGUGUUCACGAAGCCGCUGCAAAGGGAGACCGUGAGGGACUACGACGAUUGCACCCUGAGGGUGCGCUGCGACGGCGUGCCCAAGCCGGAGGUGCGCUGGCACGUGGACGGCAAGGAGGUGACCAACGACGAGCGCCACACCGUCACCACCGAGGUGGGGGGGCAGGUGGACAGCGAGCUCGAGAUCAAGCACUUCACCGCCAGGGACGCUGGAAAGUAUACUGUACGCGCCGUGAAUCUCUCCGGAGAGGCGGAGUGCGAAGCCGUGAUAUCGCUAGCGCAGACGUCGCCAGGGUUUGCGCACAAGCUGGAACGGCAGAAGGACGUGGACGAGGGAGAGCCAUUGGAGCUGAAGGCGAAACUUGACGGCAGUCCUAUACCAACAGCUAAAUGGUACAAGGACGGCGUGCCGUUGCCGGCAGAGGACGCGCGCGUCAAGCAGACCGCGCUGCCCGACGGCACCGUGAAGCUGUCCAUCGAGCGCGUCACCCCGGCGGACUGCGGCGCCUACAAGCUGCUCAUCAGCAACCCCAACGGCGAGAACUCGGCCCUGUGCGCGGUCGCGGUCAACCCCACGCCCCGAAAGCCUUCGUUCAGCGAGCCCUUGGAGGACGUGAAGGCGGUUGUUGGGCAGCCGUUGAAGCUGCAGGCUCGUGUGAUGGCCUUCCCCGCGCCCGAAGUCAAGUGGUUCAAGGAUGGCCUCCCGGUGCGCCCUUCGCAAGCGAUCAACUUCAUCAACCAGCCGGGCGGCCUGGUCGGGCUGAGCAUCGACAGCUGCAAGCCCGAAGACGCCGGCGUCUACUCCCUGACGGUCGCCAACAAGCUGGGCGACGUGGAGUCGAAGGCGAAGGUCGAGGUGGCCCAGAAGGAGAGGAAACCGGCCUUCAUCGCGGAGCUGAUGCCGAUCAAGGUCAUCGAGGGCUUCCCCGCCAAGUUGGAGGUCAAAGUGCUGGGCCACCCCCCGCCGAUUAUCAAGUGGACCCACAACGGCCAGGAAGUGGUUCCUGACGGGCACAGAGUCCGCGUGGUGGCGCAGCCGGACGGCGCGGUGGCCCUCCUCAUCGCGGAGGCCCAGGCCCCCGACGCCGGGCGAUACGGGGUCACGGCGGCCAACGACAAGGGGGAGGCCUCCUGCGCCGCCGAGCUCAGUGUUGCCGGCCGCGAGGACGACACCUCGCCCCAGGAGAGGCCGCGCUUCGUCCACGGCCUCCGCGAGACGACAGCCGACGAGGGGCAGCCGAUGGCGAUCGGCGCGCCCUUCGUGGGCAACCCGGUGCCAGAAGUCACCUGGACCAAGGACGGGCAGCGGCUCGAGCCCAGCGAGAGGCUGUUGCUCACCUGCGACGGCAAGCGGGUGGGGCUGGAGAUAAACCCAGUGGAGCCGCCAGACGCCGGCGUGUACUCGGUGAAGCUGAGCAAUCCCUUGGGCGAGGAUACCAGCGAGGCGAAGGUCAACGUCCGCAAGAUCUACCAACCGCCCACCUUCUCGCAGAAGUUCACCGACCUACAACAGCUGCCCUCGUUGGACGCAAAAUUCUCGGCUCGCGUCCACGGCAAGCCGAACCCGGACAUAACGUGGUACAAAGACGGCCAGCCGAUCUCGCCUUCGGACAAGUACGGCAUCAAGAGGGACGGCGAGGUCUGCUGCUUGUACGUGAGGGACCUCAAGCCCGAAGACGCCGGAAGGUAUAAGUGCCUCGCCAAGAACAGAGAGGGCGAGGCCACGUGCGAAGCCACCUUGGAUGUUGUGGAAAAGAUAGGGCGCCAGGUGCGCGCUGAGCCACCGUCUUUCCUGAAGCGGAUCGGCGACGCGGAGGCGGUUCGCGGUCUACCCGUCAAAUUCACCGCCUGCAUAACCGGCUCCCCUGAGCCUGACGUCGAAUGGUUCCGCAACGACGAGAAGCUGUUCCCCUGCGAGCGAAUCCGCAUGGACCAGGAGUCCACUGGGCUGCUGCGGCUCACCAUCAGCGGCGUGGACCAGUCCGACGUGGGCGCCUACCGCUGCAGGAUCUCCAACCCACACGGCGAGGACUCCUGCACGGCCCAACUCACCUACGACACCCUCGAGCCGUUGACGAGCAAGCGUCCCAUCUCCGAACAGUACUCUGAGUUCGACAAGAUGAAGAAGACCGGGGUGCCGAUGCCGCUCGGCGACAAGCCCAUCAUAUCGCGGAUGGCGGAUCGCCACCUGACCCUCUCCUGGAGGCCCUCCAUUCCCCACGGGCCGAGAUUCCCUGUCACGUACCAGGUGGAGAUGUGCGAGAUGCCGGACGGCGACUGGUUCACGGCGCGCACCGGCCUGAGGUCGUGCGUGUGCGACAUCAGGAACCUGGAGCCGUUCAGGGACUACAGGUUCCGCGUGCGCGUCGAGAACAAGUACGGGGUGAGCGAGCCGUCGCCGUACGCGGCCACGCAGCGCUCCAGGUUGGAGCCCGAGCCGCCCAGGUUCGUGCCCUACCUGGAGCCCGGCAUCGACUUCCGCCCGGAGACCUCGCCCUACUUCCCGCGCGAUUUCGACGUGGAGCGGCCGCCGCACGACGGCUACGCGCAGCCGCCGCGCUUCCUCCGCCAGGAGCACGGCUCGCAGUACGCCGUGAAGGGCCACAACGCGAGCCUCUUCUGGUUCGUCUACGGCUACCCCAAGCCGCGGAUGGAGUACCUGUUCGGCGACGAGCCCGUCGAGAUCGGCGGCCGCUACGACUGGAGCUACACGAGGAACGGCCAGGCCACCUUGUUCAUCAACAAGAUGCUGGAAAGGGACGCAGGCUGGUACGAAGCGGUGGCGACUAACGAGCAUGGUCAGGCGCGCCAGCGGGUGCGGCUGGAGUUAGCCGAGUACCCUCGCUUCAUCACCAGGCCAGAGGAGACAGUGGUCCUGCAGAGGAGGACCGCCAGGAUCGAGGCCAGGGUCACCGGAGUACCGUUCCCCGACAUCAAAUGGUAUAAGGAUUGGCAGCCACUUGCGCCCAGUACCAGGAUUAAGAUGCAGUUCAUCGAGCCGGACACCGCCAUAUUGGUGAUACACGACGCCAUCUUGAAGGACGAAGGCCUCUACUCGAUUUCGGCGCGAAACGUCGCGGGCUCUGUCAGCUCGUCCGCCAUGUUGCACGUCGAAGAGAGCGAGCACGAAUAUUCCUACAGAAUCCGCGAGCAUCCGCCGCGCAUAAAGCCGAGCACGAAGCCCUUCGGCGAUUUCUACGACAUAGGCGACGAGCUGGGGCGCGGCGUGCAGGGCGUCGUCUACCACGCCGCGGAGAGGCUCACCGGGCGAAACUACGCGGCGAAGAUAAUGCACGGCCACUCGGCACUGAAGCCGUUCAUGAAGAACGAGCUGGACAUCCUGAACCUGCUGAACGACAGGCACCUCGUGAGGCUGUACGACGCGUACGAGCACGAGCACACCCUGGCGCUGGUGCUGGAGCUCGCCGCUGGCGGGGAGCUCGUCCGCGACCGGUUGCUCAGGAGCCAGGGCUACACUGAGAGGGAGAUAGCGGGCUACAUGCGCCAACUUCUUCGCGGUCUCAAGUACAUGCACGACAACAGCGUGGCGCAUCUUGGUCUCACGAUCGGCGAGCUGCUGCUCUCGCACGCCGGCAGCGACGAGCUGAAGAUCUGCGACUUCGGGCUGUCGCGGCGCGUGCAGCUGAACCAGCACGCGUCGCUCGCCUACGGCAUGCCGGAGUUCGUGGCGCCCGAGGUGGCUCGAGGGGACGCCGUGGCCUUCCCCGCGGACAUGUGGAGCGUCGGCAUCAUCGUCUACCUCCUGCUCAGCGGCCACUCGCCCUUCCGCGGCGCCAACGACCGCGAGACCCUCACCAGGGUGCAAGAGGGCCGAUGGGAGUGGCACGACGAGGAGUGGUGGUCGCGCCUGAGCCUGGAAUGCCGCGACUUCAUCAGCCGGCUGCUGGUGGUGGACUGGCGCGAGCGCAUGGACGUCAACGCCGCCCUCGACCACCCGUGGCUCACCAGGGCCGACAAGAUCUACCACGACGAGUACCUCAUCACCACAGACCGCCUCAGGAACUAUUACAACCAAUACCGGGAUUGGAUGAGCAACGCCCAGUGUAGGAAUUGGUUCAGACGCCGGCCGCUUUCCGGCGCCUUCGACCAUCCCUCCAAGAUGGUCUACCCACCCGGUGAAAUAUAUACGCCUGAAGGGUCUCCGGAGCGGGAGCCCCAUCCGCGUGGGGCGCCUGACCUCACCAUGCCGCAGUGGGAGCACCCCGACUGGGAGGUCUCCGCUAAAUCGGAGAGCCACUACCAGAACGGGCCAGACACAUACCUGCUGCAGCUGCGCGACGUGCAGUUCCCGGUGAGGCUGCGCGAAUACAUGAAGGUGGCCUGCGACCGCUCGCCCGCAUACAAUCUGAGCGUGCACGACGCAUAUGACCCAAGGACCCCCAUCAUUCGCGAGCGUCGCCGCUUCACCGACAUCAUGGACGAGGAGAUAGACGACGAGCGACGCGACAGAAUCAACAAGUACGGCUCCGAGAGCUAUACCAUCCGCCGCCUACGACACGAGCUGGGCACCAGGCUCGACAGCUACGCGGAAGCGCAGGCCCUCAUGGAGUCCAAGAAGGACGGCCAGCUGCCCUUCUUCAGGGAGAAGCCCCAGACACUCCCCAUCAGGGAGGGCGAGCCGGCCCAGCUCUCCUGCUACGCCGUAGGCGAUCCGAAGCCCUCCAUACAGUGGUUCAAAAACGACAUGGUCAUCGCGGAGGGGCAGCGCAUCAAGAUCCUUGAAGACGAGGAUGGACGAUCCACUCUGAGAAUGGACCCGGCGAUGCACCACGACGUCGGCUUCUACAAGGUGGUGGCGCGCAACAAAGUGGGCCAGACCGUGGCGCGCACCAGGAUCGUGGAGGCGACCAACCCCGACGCGCCCGACAGCCCGACGGCGGCCGACGUGUCCGACACGGAGGUGCUGCUUAGGUGGAAGCAGCCGAAGUACGACGGCAACACCCCGGUGGUGUGCUACAGCCUGCAGUACAAGGAGGGCGACAGCGUCGACUGGAAGAGCGUCGCGGACAACGUCGACCACGAGUUCUUCGUGGUGCGCGGCCUGCAGCCGGAGACCAGCUACCAGUUCAGGCUGUCCUCGCGCAACAGGAUCGGCUGGAGCGACAAGGGCAUCCCCACCAACCUGAUCAAGACGAAAGAGGCCGGCGCCCCGAAGAUCGAAGUCACGAAGGCCAUGAAGCACCUGCAGCAGCUCACCGAGUCCGGGCAGGAGGUAGUGCUGGACGAGGAGAGGCCAAAGCUCGACUACGGCACCGAGAACGAGCCGAAGGAUUGGGACUCGAGUGAGGCGUUCACGGAAAGGUACAGUUUCGUGUCGGAACUGUGGCGGGGCAAGUUCUCGAUCGUCGUCAAGGGUAUCGACAAGACGAACGACAGCGUGGUGGUGGCGAAGAUCCUGGAGUGCAGGCCGGAAACGGAGAUACAGGUGCAGAGGGAGUUCGAGUGCUUGAGGAGGCUGAGGCACGAGAGAAUAUCCAACCUGUUGGGGGCCCAUCAGACCCCGGGCUCUCCUGUGGCAGCCCUUAUCUUAGAGAAGCUGCAAGGCGCCGACAUCCUCACAUACCUGUCAAGCCGACACAACUAUACCGAACAGAUGGUGGCAACGGUCGUCACCCAAAUCCUGGACGCCCUUCAGUAUCUGCACUGGCGGGGAUACUGCCACCUGGACCUGCAGCCGGACAACGUCGUGAUGGCGUCCGUCAGGGCGAUACAGGUGAAGCUCAUCGACUUCGGGUCCGCGCACAGGGUGACCAAGUUGGGCACCAGCGUGCCUCAAGUGGGCGAAUUGGAAUACAAAGCACCGGAGGUGAUCAACGACGAGCCGGCGUUCCCCCAGAGCGACAUCUGGUCUCUGGGCGUCCUCACGUACAUCAUGCUCUCUGGAGUCUCUCCCUUCCGAGGGUCUGACGACUCGGAGACCAAGCAGAACAUCUCCUUCGUGCGCUACCGUUUCGAGCACCUCUACAAGGAGAUCACGCAGGAGGCGACCCGCUUCCUGAUGUUCGUGUUCAAGAAGGUGCCGCUGAAGAGGCCGUCGGCCGAGGAGUGCCACGAGCACCGAUGGCUGGCGCAGUCCGACUUCAUCCACAAGAAGCGCGAGAGGGCAGUCUUCCUCGGCAACAGGCUCAAGGAGUUCUCCGAGGAGUACCACGAGAGGAAGGCGCGCGAGGCGUCUCAAGCCGACUCUGUGGCCACGGCGUUCGGCCAGCUCGCCGCGAGGCACCUCACGCGCUCCAACAGCAUCCAGGAGGAGCUCCUCACCAACUUCUCCAGCCGC